UCGUGCGCUAGCUUCGGCAGUGCUUUCUUUGACAUAGUCCUAGCUGAGACGCUGAUUCUAGCAAGCCGGCCCUGAUUUCUGCCAGCGCGAGCUUUCGCUUCUCUGUCUGCCCGCUUUGCGUUCGGCUUGAAAAGUGCAGCCGCCCGCUCGAGUUCGGGAAGGGGGAAAAGUCAAUCAGCCAGCGUCGCCGACGUCUUCCGACGCAGAGCGCGGCGCAGGCGCUCUCGGAGCCGAGGCGAGAGAAGGGGCACGGAGAGGGGGAACUUCGCCAGCGGACCGCUUCCGCGCUCGUUGCCACAGGUGGCCGGAGUUGGGCAGCGCGCUCCGUCGCUUCCCGGGACGUCCUGUAGAGCGGAACGCCGCCGUCCCAUCCAUGGAAGCCGUGCUCAGGUGGCUCUGUCUGCUAGGCCUGCUCUUCGGACAAGCUCCGUGUCACAUCUCGGAGCAGCGACAGCGGCACUCGGUAUGGACGUCGAAUUAUCUGCGGAGAAGCGACCAGCGGCUUCCUCGAGCGUCAAGCGGCUGGGACGGUUGGGGCCCCUGGUCUCCGUGCUCCAGGUCUUGCGGCAGGGGUCUGGAGACGCAGAGUAGACUGUGCCUCGGCAGGCCGCCCAGGAGGGUCGGAGGUCUGACGAGACGCUGUCGAGGUCCCUCCAAGAGAUAUCGUCUCUGCGCUCUUCAGCCCUGUGACGGAGAAGCCAGCGACGUCCGGCAAGCACAGUGCUCGAGUUUCGACAACGUGCCAUAUGGGGGACAACGCUACGUCUGGAAGGCUAUACUACCAGAGCCGGAGGAUUGCCAGCUCCAGUGCCGUCCCGAGGGCCGCGGGUUCAAGGCCACCCUCGCCAAGGUGGUCAGGGACGCCACCCCUUGCUCCGCUGGGCUAGACGAAGGCGUCUGCAUCGGCGGAACUUGCAAGAUACUGGGAUGCGAUCGGCUGGUGGGUUCUCGGCAGCGGGCUGACCGUUGCGGCGUCUGCGGAGGGAACAACUCCGGCUGCCGUACUUUCUCGGGGAUCCUCACCCACCGGGAGCUUUCCGAGGACUACCAGGUGCUCGUCAAGAUCCCUGCCGGUGCCACGGGGAUCGUGGUGUCCGCCCUGGGAAACAGACUCGCACUCCGUGCAGUCGACGACGGUCGGUUCAUCGUGAACGGGAACUGGACCUGGGAUCCGGCAGGAGUGUACCCCGGGGCUGGCACCCGAUUCCUGUACCGACGAGAGGAUUCUACGGGGGCCCACAGCCUCGAAGCACGGGGACCUCUUCACGGCGACGUCCUCGUCAUGCUGGCCUUCCGGAGCCCCAACCCCGGCGUGAACUAUACGUACAGUCUGCGCCAGGCCGGGGACUGGCCGGCUUCGGACGGCCCGGCCGCGGUGCCGGGACGCUUCCUCAGGCGGAGCAGGGACGCUCCCCGGUGGGUGCCCAAGGCGUCCUGCAGCAGGAGCUGCGGUGGAGGAUUCCGCAAGCUGUCCCCGAGCUGUGUGCGGGACGGCGUCACGGUACCCGAGGACGAGUGUGCGGGCUUGAACAAGCCCAGGGACUCCACCGCGGAGCCCUGCAACACGCAGCCGUGUCCAGGCGGCGGCGUGUACGGUGCCCACUGGAAGGCGACCAGCGAUUGGACGCCCUGUUCGGUCACGUGUGGCGAGGGCUUUGAACGUCGUGACGUCACCUGCGUCGACGCCAAGGGCGGAGCCCUGCGCGAAUCUGCGUGCGGCACCGCCGGAAGACCUCCCGCCUUCCGCAACUGCGACCGGGGGCCCUGUGGCGACCAGUGGAACACCGGGCCGUGGGGAAAGUGUAGCAGCGAGUGUGGCAAGGGACUUCAAAAGCGGCACGUGACCUGUGGCGACGGCCACCGGAACUCCUCGUGCGACCCGAAACUCCGUCCUGCGAGCGAACAAGUCUGCGACAUGCCACCAUGCGCCGCCACCUGGCUCUUCUCCGAAUGGUCCCAGUGUUCCCGCCGGUGCGUCCCGGGCGUCCAGAAACGGCGGCUUGUGUGUGCGGCCGGCCCCAAGUCUUGCGACUCUCUGGAACGCCCUAGCUCCGAGCAGCGUUGCCUGGAGCCCUGCACGGCCUCCUGGUACGCUGGGCCCUGGUCUCAGUGCUCCCCGCGUUGCGGCAACGGGACCCGGCAGAGGGAAGUGCUCUGCGUGGGCCAGCAGGGCGGACGUUGGACCCUCGUCGUGCCGGAGGGACACUGUCCGGCCGCCGAACGGCCGGCCUCGGUCAAGCCCUGCGAUGCCCCGUGUCCGCCAGAGUGGCUCACGUCUUCCUGGAGCCCCUGCUCGAGCUCGUGCGGUGGAACCGGAGUCCAGAACCGCCAGGCGUUCUGCCUAGACACCGCGGGUCGUCCCAGUCAAGAGUGCCGCGGGUCAUCCAAGCCCUCCGUGCGCCGCGCCUGCGGCCUGCAGGCCUGUCCUCCGCCCCGACAGGGCGACCGCGCCUGCCGGGACACCAAGACCCGCUGCCCUCUGGUCGUCCAAGCCCGACUGUGCAGCUACCCGGUCUUCAAGGAAGGCUGCUGCGAAUCCUGCCGACGCGCCAACUCAACUCACGGCUCGCUCGGCGUCACUCCCUGAAACCGUGAUACACGGCUCGUGGUGACGUCUCUUCAGCGGCCAUUUGAAAAGGGGGGGGGGGGGGGGGGGGGGGAGAGAAGAUUUGCUGCAUGAGCGGGUACCUCUUUCAAUGUGCAGUUCGAACCGCCCAACGUGUUUUUCUCGGCAGGUGACCCAAGAUGGCCACCAGCACAUGGAUAUGACGACACAUGCAAGCCAUAUGUAUUCGCGCUCGCAAGCAUCAACGCUUCAAAAGUUAGUGUGAACAUCGAGGGCUUUGUCGGGGCACCAGUCGGGCAACCUCGAAUAUCCGGAAUAUCGGACGACCGGGGCACACCAGCAGCAAAAUGGCGGCGCCCAGCAGCAUGCGCUUGCACACGCGUAUGGACUUUGGGUUUUCGAGAACUGUGCUGCGCGUUAGCCCGCAGUCGUCCGCCUAGCGGCUAGGGGCCGCACCUCUUUUGGUGGAAUGGCAAGAGGUGCCUGGGAGAGUUUAGAUGGCACGUGCACUGUGAUCUCUACAGGUUUAUCGCCGUCCCGUGUUAGUUCGUUUGCGAGAUAGUGAUGCUCCGGCUGGAUUGGAGGUUGAAGGCUGACGCGGAUCUAUCGAAGAAUUCAUGAUGGUUUAAAUGACGGUCACACAGGCAGGCGCCAACUUGCAUCCAAAAAGGGUCUACGCUAGAUAAUACUGAGCGUUCAUUUAUUAUUUCAACCAUAGUUUCGCCGCCGUUUGGCAGUAUGCAAGUAUAAAAGAAUGCAUACAAAGAGACGCAAUUUUUAGAUACAUAAACAAAACAAUCUAUA